AUGGGUGAGAUUCUUUAUGCAUGCGACGACUCUGACAUGCAACUGAUAGGGAAGUUCUUGAGCUUCGCUUCGAGAGGUGACAGAGUUGGACUGAACCAGAUGUUGAUCCAAGGCGUAUCUCCUGAUGUGCAAGACUACGACAACAGGACGGCGCUGCAUCUGGCGGCGAGUGAGGGUCACACUCCCAUUGUUGAGCUUCUUGUGUGCUACAGAGCCAAUGUUAAUCUCCAAGACCGAUGGAAAAGAACGCCCUUGACAGAUGCAAGACUCUAUGGACAUCGAGACAUAUGCAGAAUUCUUGAAGUGAAUGGAGGCAAUGACUUUACCAGUCAGCUAAUGACUGUUCGACAUGAACAUGAUUCAAAUGAUGUUAAGUUUGACAUGACGGAAUUAGAUACAGAACAUUCAUCAAAGGUUCAACAGGGUUGUUUUGGUGAAUCUGAGAAGGUCAAGUGGCGUGGAAUCUGGGUCGUAAAGACUGUUGUCAAGAGACACAUACGUGCUCCAGUAACAAUGAUACUCUCUGCUAAGGAUAACACUCUCCUACGGGAACUUAGACAUCCCAAUAUCUUGCAAUUUCUUGGUUCAAUUGUGCAGCAAGAGGAGAUGGUUCUUAUUACCGAGUAUCUGCCCAAAGGUAAUCUUGAGGAUAUUUUGAACCAAAGAACCCGUCUUGAUGUGCAUACUGCCCUUCGUUAUGCGCUCGAUAUUGCUAGGGGUAUGAACUAUCUUCAUAAGCACGUGCCAUCCCCAAUAGUUCACUAUCAUUUGGGUACCAGAAACUUGUGGCAGGAUGAAGGUGGACACUUGAAGAUUGGGGAGUAUUGGGUUCAGAUGUUGUAUGAACUUAACCCGGAUCAAAAUGGAUGCCAAAAAUGCGAUGGCACACAAGAUUUAACAAAGAUAGACAUUCGGUCAUUUGGGCUCAUAUAUUAUCAGAUGCUAGAAGGAACGCACUGCCAGACCAACACAAACACUGACCAACACGAACUCGCCAUCGUUACUUUUAAACCCAAAUUCCAUUUGAGUCGAUGUUCUAAUAGGAUUCAAGAGUUGAUACAGAAAUGUACAAGUGGUGAUCCUUCCGACGGGCCCCCAUUCGAAGACAUCAUAGGUAUUCUUGAAGAGGAAGUAUUGUCUUUGGGUAGAGCAUGCCCACUAGUUUGUUAG